AUGAACUGCACUUACUCAUAUCCAGAGAGUUACACAGUCAAAACAUCUUUCUGGACAAAAUCCCUCCCACCAGCUGCAGGUGUAGAACCUCCUGAUCUGUUAAAUGAUACAGAGUACAGAGACAGGGUUCAGUACCUCAGAGAUAAAUCCUGCAGACUCAGCCUGAGAGAUGUGAGAGAAAAUGACCAGAGUAAUUACUACUUCAGAUUUAUAACAGAUAAAGAAGGAGGAAAGUAUACGGGUGCAGAUGGAGUGUAUCUUUCAGUAGCAGGUCUCCAGGUGGAGGUUCCUGAGAGAGUGAGGGAGGGAGAAAAAGUCACUCUCACAUGUAAAACUACCUGCAGACUGACUGACAGAACAUCAUUCACCUGGUACAAAAAUGGAACUACUUUUUCCUCCAGUACUGAACAGCUCUACCUGCAGUCGGUCAGCAGGGAGGAUGCAGGCAGGUAUAGCUGUGCUGUACUGGAUCAGAACCUUCACUCUCCUGAGGUCUCUCUUAAUGUCAGAUAUCCUCCAAAGAGCGUCUCAGUGUCCAUCAGUCCCUCUGGUGAAAUAGUGGAGGGCAGUUCAGUGACUCUGACCUGCAGCAGUGAUGGAAACCCACCUGUGGAAUAUACCUGGUAUAAAGGAUCAUCAUCAGUAGCAACAGGAAAGACCUUCAAACUGAACAAGAUCAGCUCUGUGAACAGUGGAGAAUACAAGUGUAGAUCCAGUAAUAAACAUGGAGAGAAAUACUCUGAUACUGUAACUCUGAAUGUUCUGUAUCCUCCAAAGAGCGUCUCAGUGUCCAUCAGUCCCUCUGGUGAAAUAGUGGAGGGCAGUUCAGUGACUCUGACCUGCAGCAGUGAUGGAAACCCACCUGUACAGAAAUACACCUGGUUUAAGAAGGUGGAUAAAGACGUUCAGCAGAAAUUGACCGGUCAGAUCUACAGCAUCACAAACAUCAAAUCUGCAGACAGUGGAGAAUAUCAGUGCAUGGCAACCAACACACAAGGGUCUCAAUCAUCAGAGUACAAGUCAUUAACUGUUCUAUAUCCUCCAAAGAGCGUCUCAGUGUCCAUCAGUCCCUCUGGUAAAAUAGUGGAGGGCAGUUCAGUGACUCUGACCUGCAGCAGUGAUGGAAACCCACCUGUACAGAAAUACACCUGGUUUAAAGGAUCAUCAUUAGUGGCAAAAGGAGAGAACUUUACACUGAACAAGAUCAGCUCUGUGAACAGUGGAGAAUACAAGUGUAAAUGCAUUAAUGAACAUGGAGUGAAAUACUCUGAUACUGUAACUCUGAAUGUUCUGUAUCCUCCAAAGAGCGUCUCAGUGUCCAUCAGUCCCUCUGGUGAAAUAGUGGAGGGCAGUUCAGUGAAUCUGACCUGCAGCAGUGAUGGAAACCCACCUGUGCAGAACUACACCUGGUUUAAAGAGGGUGGUGGAAGCUCACCUGUAGGAUCUGGUAACAGUUACACUGCUGUAGAGAGUGGAUCCUACUACUGUGUAGCCCAGAAUAAAUACGGCUCUCAGACAGCAGCUGCAGUGCUGGUCACUCUAGGAGGUGUUCAGAGUAGUGUUGUGUUUACAGCUGUUGGAGUGUCUGCUGUCUGCUUGUUGGUGGUUGGUGUGAUUUUCUUUGUAAGGAGAAAAAGAAGAGGCAGCUCACCUGAUGGUGCAGAUCCAAGACAGGCAAGUCAAUUAAAACACUUUAUAAUUCCACAGUAUUAUUAUAGUUUAUAACGGUGGUGAUUAAUACACAUAUAAA